AUGAGUCCCCACACAGGGCUGGUGAGCCGCCUGCGGGCAGCCUGGCUCUCGGGGAAGACGCGGCCCAUGGAGUACUGCGUGGCCCAGCUGGAGGCCCUGGGACGUGUCCUGGAUGAGAAGCAGGACAUCCUGGAGGCCACCGCCUCGGACACAUGGUCGGGGAAGACGCGGCCCAUGGAGUACCGCGUGGCCCAGCUGGAGGCCCUGGGUCGCUUCGUCCUGGAUGAGAAGCAGGACAUCCUGGAGGCCACCGCCUCGGACAUGGGCAAGCCGCCCUUUGAAGUGGAGCUCUCCGAGAUCUCCGUUUGCAGGAGUGAGCUCAACCACACGUUCAACAACCUGGGCACCUGGAUGAAGGACGAGCAGGUGGAGAAGAACUGGGCAAUGCAGCUGGACUCGGCCUUCAUCCACAAGGACUAGUACGGAGUGGUGCUCAUCAUCAGGCCCUGGAACUACCACAUUAACCUCCUCCUGGUGCCCCUCAUCGGGGCCAUUGCUGCUGGUAACUGCGUUGUCAUGAAAUCCUCCAAAAUCAGCAGGAACCUGGAGAGGUUAGUGGCCGAGACGCUGCCCAGGUACCUGGACAAGGACUGCUUUGCCGUGGUGACCGCUGGCGCGGAGGAGACCACCAGACUGCCGGAGAACAAGUUCAACUACAUCUUCUUCACCGGCAGCCCCUCCGUGGGGAGGAUCGUGAUGGCAGCCGCUGCCAAGCACCUGACGCCCGUGACGCUGGAGCUGGGGGGCAAGAACCCCUGCUACGUGUCCGACACCUGCGACGUGCAGAACGUGGCCCGGCGGGUGGCCUGGGGCCGCUUCUUCAACGCGGGGCAGACCUGCAUCGCGCCCGACUACGUGCUGUGCAGCGUGGAGAUGCAGGAGAAGCUGAUGCCCGCCCUGCGCGAGGCCAUCGCUGAGUAUUAUGGCCCCAACCCUUGGGAGCCCCCUGACUUCGCUUGCGUCGUGGGGGACAAGCAGUUCCAGUGGGCGCAGGCGCUGCUGCGCAGCGGGCACGCGGCCAUCGGAGGACAGACGGAUGCAGAGGCGCGCUACAUCGCCCCCACGGCGCUGGUGGAUGUGCAGCAGGAUGAGCCCCUCAUGCAGGAGGAGUUCUUUGGGCCCAUCCUCACGGUGGCCAGCGUGGACGACGCCAUCACCUUCAUCAACACCCAGGAGCGGCUGCUGGCCCUCUACAUCUUCUCCUCCUGCAAGAAGGCGGUGAACCGGGUGCCGGAGCAGACGAGCAGCGGCGGCUUCUGCGCCAACGACACCAUCAUGCACGUGACACUCACCUCGCUGCCCUUCGGCGGCACCGGUACAUCCAUCCCCAGGAACAGGGCCCCCCUGGGCUCCCCGCCACGGCCCCGGGCGCUCUCCGAGCGUGAGCCCAUCCUCGACCCCUCCCUGCACCAGCACCUCGACCGCAAGAUCAACUUCGUGGCCGGUGUCAUUCACCCGUGGCGGGUGAGCGCCUUUGAGCGGCUGCUGUGGCGCGCCUGCCGUGGCUACCUGGUGGCUAGCUUCGUGGAGAUGCCCGAGCCCAUGGAGGACCCGGCCACGGGUGAGAGCAUCACCUGGGUCAUCUUCCUCAUCUCCUACUGGGGCGAGCAGAUCGGGCAGAAGAUCCGCAAGAUCUCGGACUGCUUCCACUGCCACGUGUACCCCUACCCGGAGAGCGUGGCCAGCCGGGCGGGCGCCAUGAGCGGGCUGCUCAGCCAGAUCCAGGACCUCAGCGUGGUGCUGGAGGAGACGGAGCAGUACCUGGCGCAGGUGCUGGACAAGGUGGUGCUGGUGCUGCCCACCUGGCGGGUGCAGGUGCAGAAGAUGAAGGCCAUCUACCUCGUCCUCAACCAGUGCAGCUUCGAUGUCACCGAGAAGUGCCUCAUCGCCGAGGUCUGGUGCCCCGUGCGGGACCUCACCCAAGUGCAGGACGCUCUGCGCCAGGGAUCGUACAAGAGCGGCUCGAGCGUGGAGUGCUUCGUGCAGCGCAUCCCCACCUCAGAGAGCCCCCCCACCCUCAUCCGCACCAACUCCACCGCCGGAGCAUCGUGGACGCCUAUGGCCUAUGGUGGGGUGGCCAGCUACCAGGAGGUGAACCCUGCGCCCUACGCCAUCAUCACCUUCCCCUUCAUCUUCGCCAUCAUGUUUGGGGAUGUGGGGCACGGGCUGCUCAUGUUCCUCUUCGCUCUCUGGAUGGUGCUGUACGAGAACAGCCCCAGCCUGCGGCAGGCCAGCAACGAGAUCUGGCUGACGUUCUUUGAGGGGCGCUACCUCAUCCUGCUCAUGGGGGCCUUCUCCAUCUACACCGGCUUCAUCUACAACGAGUGCUUCAGCAAAGCCACCGUCAUCUUCCCCUCCGCCUGGAGCGUGGCCACCAUGGCCAACCACUCCUCCUGGAGCUCUGCCUACCUUGCCACCCACCCGUCCCUCACCCUGGACCCCAACGUCACCGGCGUCUUCCAAGGGCCAUAUCCUUUCGGGAUCGACCCAAUCUGGAGCUUGGCCACCAACCACCUCAACUUCCUCAACUCCUUCAAGAUGAAGAUGUCCGUGGUGCUGGGCGUCGUGCACAUGGGCUUCGGCGUCCUGCUGGGGGUCUUCAACCACGUGCACUUCCAGCAGCGGCACCGGCUGGUGCUGGAGCUCCUGCCCGAGAUGGUUUUCCUCCUGGCGCUCUUCGGCUACCUCGUCUUCCUCAUCUUCUACAAGUGGGUCAAGUUCAGUGCCGCCGACUCCAUGGUGGCCCCCAGCAUCCUCAUCCACUUCAUCGACAUGUUCCUCUUCACCUCCAACGCCGACAACCUCCCGCUCUACCGGGGGCAGGUGCCGGUGCAGACCGUGCUGGUGGUGCUGGCGCUGGCGUCAGUGCCCAUCCUGCUCCUGGGGACACCGCUCUACCUGUGCUGCCGGCGGCGCGCGCUGAGGACGGGCCGCCCUGCGGUAAGGGCUGCAGUGAUGGACGAGACCCACUCGGAGCGGCAGGAGGCCGGCAACUCCGUCAACGCCACCAAGGAGGACGUGGAGAGCGGGGGGCAUGGCCCCGACUCCGAGCACUUGGACUUCGCCGAGAUCUUCAUGCACCAGGCGAUCCACACCAUCGAGUACUGCCUGGGCUGCGUCUCCAACACCGCGUCCUUCCUGCGGCUCCGGGUUGAGCUGGAUGAUCUCCGAGUCCCAGGCUGA